AUGGAGCAGGGGGAGGAGGACGGGGACUGGAUGGUGGAGCCGGCGGCGGGGAAGAAGGGCGGGGCGAUGAUCGACCGGAAGAAGCGCUUCAGCGAGGAGCAGAUCAAGUCGCUCGAGUCCAUGUUCGCCACGCAGACAAAGCUGGAGCCCCGGCAGAAGCUGCAGCUGGCCCGGGAGCUCGGCCUGCAGCCGCGCCAGGUCGCCAUCUGGUUCCAGAACAAGCGCGCGCGCUGGAAGUCCAAGCAGCUCGAGCGCCAGUACGCCGCGCUCCGCGACGACUACGACGCGCUCCUCUCCAGCUACGACCAGCUCAAGAAGGACAAGCAAGCGCUCCUCAACCAGGUAUGUCUCUACUCUACUACGUACCAGGUGUUAGUUUCGCCGUGCUCUCCGGCCGGUGGCGGCGUGCGCCGUGUGCUGGUGGUGCCUGUGGCUAAUGCGCGGUCGACGGGUUCCGUGCAGCUGGAGAAGCUGGCGGAGAUGCUGCGGGAGCCGGGCGGGGCCAAGUGCGGAGAUAAUGCCGGCGCGGCCGCCAGGGACGACGAGCGCCUGGCCGUGGCCGGCAUGAGCAUGAAGGACGAGUUCGUGGACGCCGGCGGGGCCAGCAAGCUCUACUCGGCGUCCGAGGGCUGCGGCGGCAGCGGCAAGCUCUCGCUCUUCGGCGAGGAGGACGACGACGCGGGCCUCUUCCUCCGGCCCUCGCUGCAGCUGCCAACCGCGCACGACGGCGGCUUCACGGCGUCGGGGCCGGCCGAGUACCAGCAGCAAUCGCCGUCGUCGUUCCCGUUCCACUCGAGCUGGCCGUCGUCCGCGGCGGAGCAGACCUGCAGCAGCUCCCAAUGGUGGGAGUUCGAGUCCCCGAGCGAGUAG